CAGAGAGAUACACUCAUGUGGCCAUUUCCUGUGAAUUGUGAAACUGUUACUGAUGGAGGCAACUCAGACAGCUUGGAGCCAUGGAAGUUCAAUGUGGCUUAUGACAAGCUGAUCAUUGCGUCGGGGGCCGAGGCCUCAACCUUUGGGAUUAAAGGUGUGAAGGAGCAUGCAACCUUUCUACGUGAAGUUCACCAUGCCCAAGAGAUUCGCCGGAGGUUGCUCCUCAAUUUGAUGCUCUCUGAUGUGCCUGGUAUAUCUGUAGAGGAAAAAAGUAGAUUACUGCAUUGUGUUGUUAUUGGAGGUGGUCCAACUGGCGUUGAAUUCAGUGGUGAACUCAGUGAUUUCAUUAUAAAUGAUGUUCAUGAAAGAUAUUCCCAUGUUAAAGAUCACAUCCGUGUGACCCUAAUUGAGGCAAAUGAAAUAUUGUCAUCCUUUGAUGUUCGCCUCAGGCAGUAUGCUACGAACCAUUUAAUUAAGUCAGGAGUUCGCCUUGUCCAUGGAGUUGUCAAGGAUGUCGAACCUCAUAAGAUAGUUCUUAAUGAUGGCACAGAAGUUCCAUAUGGUCUCCUUGUAUGGUCUACUGGUGUUGGUCCCUCGCCCUUCAUUCGCUCUCUGGAGUUUCCAAAAGCCCCUGGUGGAAGGAUUGGUGUGGAUGACUGGCUACGCGUGCCUUCUGUGAAGGAUGUUUUUUCGAUUGGUGAUUGUAGUGGAUAUCUUGAGAGCACAGGCAAACCUCCAUUACCCGCUUUGGCCCAGGUCGCAGAGAGGCAAGGGAAAUACUUGGCUGCAUUGUUGAACCGGAUUGGUAAAGAAGGUGGGGGGUAUGCUAACCAAGCAGCAGACAUGAAAUUGGGGGAGCCGUUUGUAUAUAAGCAUUUGGGUAGCAUGGCAACAGUGGGAAGGUACAAGGCUCUUGUUGAUCUUAGGCAGAGCAAGGAAGCAAAAGGGCUAUCACUUGCAGGCUUCGUCAGCUGGUUUAUUUGGCGAUCAGCGUAUCUAACCCGUGUGAUCAGUUGGAGAAACCGAUUCUACGUUGCAGUCAACUGGCUCACUACUUUGCUAUUUGGCCGCGAUAUCACUCGCAUAUAAAACACGGGGAAGUUUUCAUAAAUUGCAAGCGCUACAGUACAUUUCAUUCUUCUCCUGUACGGUUCAUAAGUUUCGAUUCCUGGGAGAGCAGAGAUAAUUUCAUAUUAGCUUAAUAUUUUUUGUAUAAAGGCACACGAUUAUUAUGAUAUAUGUAAAAGUGUGAAAAUCUCAUAAAUGUUGCUUCAGUUCUCGUCGAUCACGGAAAUUUUGGUUGCUAUGUUCUCGCAGAACUUGACUA